AUUCUCUGCAGAUACAUACCAAUAUCAGGUAGAUAUGGCUAGAGCACUCAAAUUUGUGAGCUUCCUCUUCCUUGUUCUGGUGUUGAACUCCAUUGCCAUCCAUGGCCGCCCCUUCAAUGUGUUGAAGAAGCCGCGAGGCCCUGAUGGUGAGGAGAUGAGGGGAUUCUUUGAUGGGUUGUCUCUUGGAGCCAUCAAGCAAUCAGGACCAAGCCCUGGUAAUGGACACAAAUUCACCAACGCUGGAACACUUGGAGGAAUCAAGGACUCGGGUCCCAGCCCUGGUGAGGGACACAAGUAUGUCGACGGCAUGCCCCACUGAGAUCUAUCUAUACUGCUAUAUAUACUUGAUUAGCAGCCCUGACAUGGAUUCUUUUGUUGGGGUUCAUUUAUUUAUUCUGAGAUUUUGCAUGUGGGUGGGGUUCAGUACUUGGGUUAUGAUUGGUAUUUACUUUUUCAGUUUGUAAUUUUUUUGUUCUUUUCAUUGAUUUCCCUUGGUGUUACAAAAGGAAAUGUAAUAGAACUUUCAUUAUUUCA